AUGGUAUUAGAUUUUUUGUUUAGAGAUGGGGCUGCAUUAGCUUUGAGGAGGCAUGUGGAUGAACAUGCUCGCGAUCUCAGUAGUGAAGCAUUUUCCCGUUUUAUGGAUCUGCUGUAUGAUCGCAUUACUAGUCUCUUAGAGAGCAAUGAAGUCGCUGAAAAUAUGGGUGCUCUGAGGGCUAUUGAUGAGCUGAUAGAUGUUACAGUUGGGGAAAAUGCUGUAAAGGUUGCUAAAAUUGCAAAUUACAUGCGAACUUCUUUUGAGGCAAAGCGAGAACCUGACCUUUUGGUUCUUGCAAGUAAAGUUUUGGGUCACUUGGCUAGAGCUGGUGGGGCAAUGACUGCUGAUGAAGUAGAACGCCUGGUGAACCUUGCACUGGAAUGGCUUCAGGGUGAUAGAAUUGAAUAUCGUCGUUUUGCUGCUGUUUUGAUAUUAAAAGAAAUGGCUGAGAAUGCUUCAACAGUUUUCAAUGUUCACGUACCUGAGUUUGUAGAUGCAAUCUGGGUUGCAUUGAGGGAUCCAAAGCAGGAUGUUCGAGAGCAUGCUGUGGACGCAUUGCGAGCUUGUCUAUGGGUUAUCGAAAAGCGUGAGACUCGUUGGCGUGUUCAGUGGUAUUAUCGCAUGUUUGAGGCGACACAAGAUGGACUGGGCAAAAAUGCCCCAGUUCAUAGCAUACAUGGUUCUCUACUGGCAGUUGGAGAACUACUGAGGAACACAGGCGAAUUCAUGAUGUCUAGAUACAGAGAAGUUGCAGAAAUUGUUCUGCGAUAUCUAGAGCACCGGGACCGGCUUGUUCGUCUCAGCAUAACUUCUUUGCUUCCUCGAAUUGCACAUUUCCUCCGUGACCGUUUUGUGACAAACUAUCUGACGAUUUGCAUGAAGCAUAUACUUCACGUUCUUAAAAUACCUGCAGAAUCUGCUAGUGGGUUCAUUGCUCUUGGUGAGAUGGCUGGUGCUUUGGAUGGUGAACUUAUCAACUAUUUGCCGACAAUAACGUCUCACUUGCGUGAUGCGAUUGCACCUCGUAGAGGAAGACCCUCUCUUGAGGCUUUGGCUUGUGUUGGAAAUAUUGCGAAAGCAAUGGGACCCACUAUGGAGCCUUAUGUUCGUAGUCUCUUGGAUGCAAUGUUUUCUGUUGGUUUAUCUUUCACCUUGGUGGAAGCCCUCGAACAAAUAAGUAUCAGCAUCCCAUCUUUGCUUCCAACCAUUCAAGAACGGUUGCUUGAAUGCAUUUCAGUAGUUCUUUCUAGACGCCAUCAUGUUCAGUCAAGGUCGUCUGUUGUUAUUACUCGGGCUAAUAGCAUAACAGCCAGUCUACAAUUAUUAGAACUUGGUGGUUCUGCUCCAGUUCAACUUGCUUUACAAACCCUUGCCCAGUUCAAUUUUAAGGGUCUUGAUCUUCUUGAGUUUGCAAGAGAGUCUGUUGUUGUAUAUUUGGAAGACGAGGAUGGAGCCACACGCAAAGAUGCUGCUUUGUGUUGCUGCAAAUUAGUGGGAAAUUCCUUAUCAGGUGCCUCUUGUGCGCCAUUUGGUUCCAGUAGGACCAGUCGUGCUGGUGGAAAGCGCCGCCGUCUUGUUGAGGAGAUUGUAGAAAAACUUCUUAUUUCAGCCGUGGCUGAUGCCGAUGUUGCUGUUCGAAAGUCCAUAUUUUCCUCUUUGCAUGAGAAUGGAGGACUUGAUGAAUUUCUGGCUCAGGCUGAUAGUUUGACUGCUAUUUUUGCUGCUUUGAAUGAUGAGGAUUUCGAAGUUCGGGAGUUGGCGAUUUCUGUGGCUGGAAGACUAUCUGAAAAAAAUCCAGCGUAUGUUCUUCCAGCACUCCGACGCCAUCUGAUUCAGCUGUUAACUUAUCUAAAACAAAGUGCAGAUAGCAAAUGUAGAGAAGAAAGUGCAAAAUUAUUGGGUUGCUUAAUUCGUAACUGCGAGAGACUAAUACUCCCAUACAUUGCUCCAGUACACAAGGCCCUUGCUGCAAAACUCUCUGAAGGAACUGGGGUCAAUGCUAAUAAUGGCCUUAUAAGUGGAGUUCUUGUAACUGUUGGGGAUCUUGCCAGAGUGGGUGGUUUUGCCAUGCGGCAGUACAUUCCAGAACUUAUGCCAAUGCUUGUUGAAGCGUUAUUAGAUGGAGCUGCUGCUGCGAAACGUGAAGUGGCUGUUACAACUCUAGGUCAAGUGGUACAAAGCACAGGGUAUGUUAUAACUCCAUAUAAUGAGUACCCACAUUUACUUGGUUUACUUCUAAAACUGCUUAAUAGUGAGCUUGCAUGGUCUACAAGACGGGAAGUUUUGAAGGUUCUUGGGAUAAUGGGUGCUUUAGACCCCCACAUGCAAAAGCGCAAUCUACUAAGCUUGCCAGGGUCCCAUGGUGAAGCUGGCCGUGCAGCCAGUGAUCCUGGUCAGCAUAUUUUGUUAAUGAAUGAACUACCAAUGGAUCUUUGGCCAUCUUUUGCAAUGUCCGAAGAUUAUUAUUCCACAGUUGCAAUAUGUUCUCUCAUGCGGAUUCUUAGGGAUCCUGCACUAUGUAGUUACCAUCAAAAGGUUGUUGGAUCUCUCAUGUUCAUUUUCAAGUCAAUGGGUCUCGGCUGCGUUCCUUACUUGCCCAAGGUUCUGCCUGAUCUCUUUCAUAUGGUUCGUACAUGUGAUGAUGGUCUUAAGGAGUACAUUACUUGGAAGCUUGGAACUUUGGUUUCUAUUGUGCGCCAGCAUAUCCGUAAAUAUCUGCCAGAAUUGUUCUCUUUGAUAGCAGAAUUAUGGUCAUCCUUUAGUCCACCUGCUGCUAACCGACCUGCCCAUGGAUCUCCGAUCCUGCAUCUGCUUGAGCAACUUUGCUUGGCACUCAAUGAUGAAUUUAGGGCUCAUCUCCCUAUUAUUCUUCCACCCUGCAUUCAAGUUCUCAAUGAUGCCGAGCGGUUUAAUGACUACACUUAUGUCAUUGACAUUCUUCACACUAUUGAAGUUUUUGGUGGGACAUUGGAUGAGCAUAUGCAUCUACUUCUUCCUGCAUUUAUUAGAUUGUUUAAAGUGGAUGCUUCAGUAGAUGUGCGGCGUGCUGCUAUUAGAACCCUGACAAGAUUAAUUCCUUGUGUGCAGGUUACAGGUCACAUAUCAGCUUUGGUACAUCACUUGAAACUAGUAUUGGAUGGAAAAAGUGAUGAGCUUAAAAUGGAUGCUGUUGAUGCGUUAUGUUGUUUAGCUCAUGCUCUUGGGGAGGACUUCACUAUUUUCGUCCCAUCCAUCCAUAAACUUUUGCUGAAGCAACGUCUACGACAUAAGGAAUUUGAAGAAAUUCAAGGUCGCUUGCAGAAACGGAAGCCAUUGAUCUUGGGGAAUACAGCUGCUCAAAGACUAAGUCGGCGGCUUCCUGUCGAAGUUAUUAGUGACCCUUUAAGUGAUACAGAGAACGAUCAUUGCGAGGGGGGAACAGACAUGCAGAAACAACAUAAAACUCACCAGGUUAACGAUGUUCGGUUGCGGACUGCUGGGGAAGCUUCUCAGCGCAGUACCAAAGAGGAUUGGUCAGAGUGGAUGAGGCAUUUUAGCAUUGAACUUCUGAAGGAAUCACCUUCACCGGCUUUAAGAACUUGUAAAAAACUUGCACAACUGCAGCCUUUUGUUGGGAGGGAGUUGUUUGCAGCCGGUUUUGUUAGCUGCUGGUCACACCUGCACGAGUCUAGCCAGCGACAAUUAGUACGAAGUUUGGAAAUGGCAUUUUCCUCUCCGAACAUACCUCCAGAAAUACUUGCGACACUCUUGAAUUUGGCUGAGUUUAUGGAACAUGAUGAAAGACCCCUUCCUAUAGAUAUCCGUCUACUUGGUGCUCUUGCAGAAAAGUGUCGUGCAUUUGCAAAGGCUCUGCACUACAAAGAGAUGGAAUUUGAAGGCGCACGCUCAAAUAGGAUGGAAGCAAACCCUGUUGCAGUUGUUGAAGCACUUAUCCAUAUAAAUAAUCAAUUACAUCAGCAUGAGGCUGCAGUUGGGAUAUUGACCUUCGCUCAACAACAUUUGGGAGUUCAACUUAAGGAGUCAUGGUAUGAAAAACUUCAGCGAUGGGAUGAUGCUCUCAAAGCUUACACUGCCAAAGCCUCUCAAGCAUCAACUCCACAUCUUGCUUUGGAUGCAACUCUAGGUUUGUAUCUCUAUUCACACUUCAUUGAGUCAAGCAUUUAUUGUAGUAGUAGUAAUUAUUUUCAACAAUCAAGAUGUGAUUAUAACAAAGUGUUGACACUUUAUUUACAGGUUGAUGACAUGAUGGCCAAUGACACAAGCCUAAGGCCUAGUUAUUAUGAUGAUCCCACUGCAGUUAAACUUGUCAACCAAUCAGAUUCCUUCAAAAGGGCAGUGACACUUAGCUUAGAUCAAAACACUAACCAAGGUGGCAAGCUUGAGUUCAUCAGCCUGUAUAAAGGGAUGAAGGGUAAAGGAGAAGGUGGUUUUCUAUGUAUUAUCAUUCAAAUUCCAACCAAGAAAAUUGUGGAGCGAAAAAUAUUACAUAUGAUUAGCCCUAUAGAAUUUGAGCUUACACUUAGCGAGAAUUUUGUUGUGUUUGCCGCAGUUGUCAUGGAAGUUCCAUUGGAAUCUCCAAUAUUGACCUUUGAUGAGGUCCAGUCAGUUCUUCACGAGUUUCGAGAUGUCUUUCCCGAAGACCUUUCGGAUCUAAUGAAUUUUACCGAGCAUGCUGAACUUCAGAGGCAAGUGAAGCUCCUUCACAGAGGAUUUAUUUGUGAGAGUUUAAGUUUUUGUGCGGUUCCCGCCCUUUUGAUUCCUAAGAAAGAUGGCUCGUGGAGGAUGUGUGUUGAUAAUUGCGCCAUCAAUAAGAUUACGGUGAAGUACCAUUUUCCAAUCCCUAAGUUUGAUGAUAUGUUGGAUGUGAUGGUUGGUGCUAUAUUUUCUAAAAUUGAUUUAAAGAGUGGAUAUCACCAAAUUAGGAUUCACCUAGGUGACGAAUGGAAGACUACCUUCAAAACGAAGGAUGGUCUUUAUGAGUGGUUGUUCAUGUCUUUUGGACUAACCAAUUCCUCGAGCAGUUUCAUGAGAGAUGACACAAGCCCCUGCGAUCGUUUGUGGGUAAAUUCCUCAUUGUCUACUUUGAUGACAUUCUCGUGUACAGUAAAACUAGGAAACAGCGAAAUCAUCUCACAUAGGCUUCAUCUGCGACAUGAGUGUCCACUGACCCCACAAGGAUUCAGGCCAUUGUUGGUUGGCUUGAACCCCAGACUAUACAUGACGUUAGGAGUUUUCAUGGAAUUUGUCUUCUAUUCAGACCAUGAGGCCCUUCGUUACCUUAAUUCUCAAAAAAUAUUGAAUUCUAGGUAUGGUGGUUUGAUUGAAUACUUGCAGGUCAUAGGUUUUGGACGACUCAAAGAAGAUUAUGAGUCAUGUCCUGAUUUUAAGGGCAUUUUCCUUGCUUUGCAAAGUGGACAAUCGGAUGUUACUGAUGGUUUUCGUCUAGAAGAUGGGCAUCUUUUUAGGUCCAAUAUGUUGUGUAUUCCUCAAACUUCAGUACGAGACUUUAUAGUUUGGAAAAGUCAUGCUGGAGGUUUGGCUGGGCAUUUUGGACGUGAUAAGACAAUCGAGGAGUUGUCCUUGGCAAGAUGUCAGUAUGGAUUCUUCAAGACUUCAGAUGCGUCUAGGAUUGCUUGUCUGUACUUUAGUGAGAUUGAUAAGUUUUUUGUGAAUCGGUCAUUAGGUAUGAGUCCUAUUAAAGUUGUUCAUGUUUAUAAACCCAGGAAGCCUCUAGACCUUAUCCAUAUGCCCCUAUAUGCUAAUGUGUCUGUGUAUGCUGAGUGUGUUGGUCCAAAUGUGUAUGUCAUUGAUCUUCCAUCACAUUUUGGCUUCCAUUCUACUUUCAAUGUUGAGAACUUAGUUGCUUAUAAAGGCCAUUUUAAGCCCUCAGAUGACCUUUUUCUACCCCCAUUAGUGGACCUUCAACUUGAACCUGUUGUUACCCCUACUUCAACACCACUCGUCACAAAAUCCAGAGAUAAAAUUGAUGCUAUCUUAGAUGAACAGAUUGUGUUGAUUAAUGAUGGAGAGAUUCAACGUUUUCUUGUUCGUUGGUAUGAUGAAGCCCGCGAAUAUGUUGAGAGAGCAAGGAAAUGCUUGGCUACAGAGCUGGCUGCAUUGGUUCUUGAAAGUUAUGAACGUGCAUACAGCAAUAUGGUUCGCGUUCAGCAACUAUCAGAACUGGAGGAGGUCAUUGAUUAUUGUACUAUUGCCGAGGGCCGACGGGCUCUUAUUCGUAACAUGUGGAAUGAACGAAUAAAAGGAACGAAGCGUAAUGUUGAGGUCUGGCAAGCACUUUUGACUGUCAGGUCUCUUGUUCUGCCACCCACUGAGGAUGCGGAGACAUGGAUCAAGUUUGCCUCUCUGUGUCGUAAAAGUGGCAGACUUAGUCAAGCUAGAUCGACUUUAAUUAAGCUUUUACAGUUUGAUCCUGAAACAACUCCUGAAACUAUACGGUAUCAUGGGGAUCCUCAAGUAAUUCUAGCUUAUUUAGAAUACCAAUGGUCACUUGGAGAUGAAAAUAGGCGUAAAGAAUCCUUCGCUCGACUGCAGGAUUUGGCCAUAGACAUCUCAAGAACUCCAGUUCUUCAACAAGCUUCACAGUCUAGCUCAUUGGGUAGUUCAAAUAUACCUCUCCUUGCCCGUGUAUAUCUUAAACUAGGAACUUGGCAGCGGGCACUUUCUCCGGGUUUGGAUGAUGAUUCUAUUCAAGAAAUUCUUAAUGCGUUCCGAAGUGCUACUCACUGUGCAACAAAGUGGGCAAAAGCUUGGCAUACAUGGGCCCUAUUCAAUACAGCAGUAAUGUCUCAUUACACACUGAGAGGUUUCCCUAAUGUUGCUGGACAAUUUGUUGUUGCGGCUGUGACUGGAUAUUUUCACUCCAUAGCUUGUGCUGCACAUGCCAAAGGAGUGGAUGAUAGUUUGCAGGAUAUUUUACGUCUCCUCACUUUGUGGUUCAACCACGGAGCUACUUCAGAGGUCCAAAUGGCACUGCAGAAAGGAUUUUCGCUUGUUAAUAUCAACACAUGGUUGGUUGUUUUGCCUCAGAUAAUUGCGAGGAUACAUUCCAAUACCCAUGCUGUCAGGGAACUAAUACAAUCAUUGCUAGUACGGAUUGGCCAGAGUCAUCCGCAGGCUCUUAUGUACCCUCUUCUUGUGGCAUGCAAAUCUAUUAGCAAUUUACGCAGAGCUGCAGCUCAUGAAGUGGUUGAUAAAGUUAAACGGCAUAGUGGUGUACUGGUGGAUCAGGCUCAACUCGUGUCUACGGAGUUGAUAAGAGUUGCAAUUCUUUGGCAUGAGACGUGGCAUGAGGCAUUGGAAGAGGCAAGUCGGCUAUAUUUUGGGGAACAUAACAUUGAGGGAAUGCUAAAGGUGUUUGAGCCAUUGCAUGAAAUGCUUGAGGAAGGAGCAAUGAGGAACAAUACCACCAUAAAAGAGAAAGCCUUCAUUCAGGCAUACCGCCAUGAAUUGUUGGAGGCAUAUGAAUGCUGCAUGAAAUAUAGAAGAACUGGAAAAGAUGCCGAACUUACUCAGGGUAUCCAACUGUCUGUAAAGAAGUGUAUUUUGUGCCCCAUACUUUUAUACUGCGUUGAGUGGUUUGGCUCCCAGAGCAUGGCUCAACUCCUUCCAAUGAAUCGCUCGACUUGUGAAAAUGUCAUGCAGGUUCUGCGUACAAAUAAAGAGUGUGUUAUGGCCAUGAUGGAGGCGUUUGUGCAUGAUCCCCUAAUAAAUUGGCGGCUUUUCAACUUCAAUGAAGUCCCUCAAAUGGCCACUCUUGCAAACAUGCAUGUCCCACCCAUUGUGAAUAGCGAAGAAUCAGCCCAAAAUGGAGAGCUGCUUCAACCACAACGGGGUGCACGGGAAAGAGAACUCCUUCAGGCUGUGAAUCAACUAGGUGAUGCUAAUGAGGUUUUGAAUGAACGAGCAGUGGUGGUUAUGGCUCGGAUGAGCAAUAAACUCACUGGGCGUGAUUUCUCCCCGUGUUCUUCAUUGCUAUCUAGUUCCAUUCAACAUUCGCUGGACCACAGUACCCUUAUUUCUGGUGAUACUCGUGAAGCUGACCAUGGUUUAACCGUCAAAUUACAAGUGCAGAAGCUUAUUCGUCAAGCAAAAUCACAUGAAAAUUUGUGCCAGAAUUAUGUUGGAUGGUGUCCUUUCUGGUAGAUUGGAGAUCUCACUGCCCGUGUGCAGCCCCAAGCGGUUAGAUGUAUAGCAUUGCCUCUUUGAUGGAGUCGAUUUGAUUAUAUGUACAGAUAGUGUAGCUUGCCGAACUAUUGGCUGCAGUCUCAGUCCGAGCCAAUCCAUUGUAAGAUAUGAACUUGUCUGACUUGGAUUUCCUGUAGUCUUGUAUGAUAUGUAUAAUAUUGUACAGAAAUAGAGAUGCGUAUUCAUGUUUUGAAUAAUACUAGUUUUUGGCUCGUGCAAUGUACGAGUUGUGUGAUUUUAAAGGUAAUAUUAGUGUCUUGAAUGUUGAGGAUUGACAGGAGAUUGUAUUACAAAAUUCCAUAUGCACAUUUGUAUUAAAGAAAUGAUAUUUUAUAA